GACUGACUAUACUUACAGUAAAUAAAAGUUGAUAUGAGAUGUCAUUUAUGAUAUUUAAUUGAAUCAAUUGAUUGCAACAAACUUUUGAUGAUAUCGUUUGUGUCUUUUAUAUUAACAAUAAUUAUUUGUUGAGAUUGUAUUAAUUAAUAUUAAAUAUAUCGCACCAAUUGGUCAAUGUAUUCAAAAUAUAUUUUCAGACAAUUGUAUUCACAAACAAAUAAUUUGAAUAUUUUUUUCAAGAGAUGUUUGUCGACAAACUAUGGCUUAGUUUAUGAACAAUACGGCAAUCCUUUAGAAGUACUCAAGAAAUGUGAUAUUUCUGACAAAACUAAUCGAUCGCUUAAGACAACCGAAGUAUUGUUGGCAUAUAAAGCGAGUCCCAUAAACCCUGCGGACAUAAAUACCAUUCAAGGAGUUUAUGCUAUUAAACCGAUUUUUCCUGCCAUCGGUGGCAACGAAGGAGUGGCACAAGUUGUCGAAAUAGGAUCACAGGUUAAGAAUCUCAAAGUUGGUGAUCAUGUAAUCCCAAGUACUUCCUCUUCGGGCACGUGGAGGACAUAUGCUAUAUUAGAGGACAAGGAUUUAAUAUUAAUUGACAAAGAGAUUGAUUUGUUAAUGGCUUCACAAUUGACAGUCAAUCCCUGUACGGCUUACAGAAUGCUUAAAGAUUUUGUUAAUUUAAACAAAGGUGAUACUGUUGUACAAAACGGUGCUAAUAGUGCUGUUGGUGUGUAUGCCAUACAAUUGGCUAAAGAAUGGCAGAUAAAUACAGUGAAUGUAGUCCGAGAUAGACCUGAUUUUACAGAACUUAAACAGCGAUUAUUAUCUUUAGGAGCAACUUAUGUAAUAACUGAAGAAGAACUUCGACAAAAAGAUGUUAUGGAAGAGAUAUGGAAGUCUAUACCAAAACCAAAAUUAGCACUUAAUUGUAUCGGUGGUAAAAACGCUACCGAUUGUAUGCGUCAUUUGGACCAUAAAGGAGUUAUGGUUACUUAUGGAGGAAUGUCUAAACAACCCCUUAUCAUACCUACUGGUGCUCCUAUUUUUAAAGAUAACAGAUUUUUUGGAUUUUGGAUGACUCGUUGGUAUCGAGAUAAUAGUGGAAAUAAUGAAAGACAUGUUAUGAUGAAAAAUAUAUGCGAUUUGAUUAGAGACAAUAAACUGGAACCACCUAAGAGUGUGGCCAUUAAUUUAGAUGAUUAUAAAGAGGCAAUUGAGAAAUCAAUGGCUGGCUAUUCAAAUACAAAAUAUGUGUUUACAAUGAAUUAG